CAAUCCUUUGUAUAGACAUAAUUGAUAAUUUCCAACCUGUUGGAGGUGACACAUUCAAACAAUAAUACUAGAUACUGCUCUUCAUAAGAUGCCGAAAAAGGUUAUCCGCAUCUGUAGCGAGGAAAACUUUAAAAAGGAACUCGAAAAAAUCUACGACGAAAUGCGAAGACAAAAUGUUCCAGAGGAAGACAUUAAAAAAUAUUUUUUCAUUGUAACUAAGAACAUGAGGUUCUUUAACAUUUUCGAUUACAUCAUCAUAUUUUCCUCAGUCAUUAUGAUAUUUUUGUGCAUGCUGAGCUACUUUGAAAGUGUUUCUUGGUACUCCUCUGCAUUAGGAAGAAUAUAUUUGAUCAAACUAUUACCUAUAUACGAUUGGACGCAUUUAAAGAAUAAACCCUGUCUGAUAGAGAGGACCGAAAUGUCACCAAUUGCAUCUGAUUUUGAAUGUGGUAGCUGCGAAAAUAUUCAAAGAUUAGAUGUCUACGAUUAUUUGGACGAAGAUGACUUGGAAGAACGUUAUAUCAAUUUGGACAUUCCGGUCAUCAUUACCAAGAGCUUAGAACACUGGCCUAAGGAUUCCGAUUUUCUGGAUAUAGCUAUCAGGGAAAAUUCAUUCUUCUUUUCUUAUCCGUGUAGAUUUUCAGGAAAUGUUCACAAAGGUCAUGGUAAUGUAGGAGAGAUAUUGGACAAGGUCAAACAUUUCAAUCAGUUUUACAUUCAUUUUCAAAAUUGCAAUCUUGAAGCUAUGCGGAUCUUCAGGAAAUAUACGUUCAGACCAGCUGUAAUACCUAGAACUUACUCACCAACGACAUACAACUGGCUUCUAUGGAACAAAGAUUACAAUACAACUAAUUACAAACCCAUACAGUUAAUAGAGAAGCUGACAGCCUUUGGACAGGUGUUUGGAUCAACUCAUGUGAAGUUGGUACCUAGGAAGAAUUGUAAGACUCUGUGUCCUACUUUAAAUAUAAAAUUAUUCGCGCACGAGUUGUUAGUAUUUACAAGCUUAUGGGACUUGGAAUAUAAGCCGACGGAAAGUGGAGAAAAUAUGGCGAUAGUGAUGGAAAUUAAGUCUUAAUUUACAGUACGUGUAUUACGACUUUGGGAACAUAUGCCUAUAACCUAUGUUUCAAUCAUAUCCUGAAACACCCAGAGUAUGUGGCCAAUUUUCUCGUUGGUCAUGUUUUAACACACAAAUAAUGUGACAAACUGCAAAAGUUGUAAGUGGCUCUCCUACGAAAAUACACGUUUCGAAAUACGCUAGGAUGUCGAUUUCUCUAAACGACAUUGAACGACAUUGUAUAAUUCAGCAAAAUAUUUACAACAAAAUAACUAUUGAGGCUGGCACAUGAUGAUGGCGCCUAUAAAACACAAUCCACCAAUUUAGAACGUCUGCUAAUGUUUUAUAUCAAUACGGAUCAAUAGUGACAUUAUCUGGAGAGCUGAAAAAAGUACUUUUGAUUAUAGAAUGGGCCGUUUGGAGGAAAUCAACAUUCGAAACAUGAUGAGUAUCUUGAAGGUCGUUCAAAAGUCUAAGACUUGGCAAAUUUAUCGAAUAAUUAAUUUCCUUAUCGUUUACCGGGUCACUCAGUGCCAAUCUCAACUAUUACAUUGUCAAAAUGGUGAAGCCAACAUUUUCGAUUCAGUAUUAAAAUUCCAGGAUAUGGAAAAAGGACUGCUUUUCUACAAACUGGUCUACAUUCAAUCGAUGCUGAACAAUGGUAUAUUUUUCAGCUGAAGGAUCAAUCUUUCCAAAAUUAUCAUUUUUGAGCCGUUAUUUAUACGUGGUGUAAGAAUAUUAGCAGUGUUGUGUUACUUAAGUGUAAAAUAUCGACCUCUAUCUCCAUUUUCAGUGGAACAUGUCACACUAUUUUUUUGUGUUCAACAUGGACCGAGGUGAUAGGCUACAUUCACCUUACAUUACCGUAGAUUAUUAAUUAUGGACGUUCUACUUCCAUUGUUAUCGUGUUUAUGUGAUUUUAAUUGAAAAUAUUCGGAACGCAAAAAAACUAAAAAAUAUCUAGUUGUUGAGCUUUCAGUGUAACGAAGAGGACCAUAUCGAAUCUAAGUUAUAAAGCAAAUGAAACUUAAAAUAACACAUAACGUGAUACACUCAAGGAAAUAGAAUCAAGAGUUGUCGCUUCUUAACCGUAUAUCUGGUAUGUUGACCUCAAGCAGCUUGCUCCUUUCUGGUUGUAAUUGGUGUUAAUGCUUCAUAACGCUUUCCUAUUUAAACUUAUAUAAAUUCUUGUUUUGCUGCCUAUAUGAUUAUAUAAAUAUACAUGUUGCCCACAAGCAUCACUGCCUACAGCAGGACUCUUUGGUUUCAUAUUGGAUCUAUGUGUGGUUAAUGGUUGAUUGCUGUAUCAUCGGUAGACUACUGACAAAAUGAUGUCUCUGAAAGCGUCUCAGCUGAACUUUACAAACUGCCUGGCAGCAGUGAAGAGAGAGGUUGGAACACCUUCACUAGAUGGAGCUACACCAUCCAAGAACAAAAAAGUUACUGGUCCUGUUCAGGAUAUGGGUUAUGAUGGCCUUAACCAUUGGCUCAACCAUGGACUCAAAGGAUGAUGCAGAUAUUACCCUAGUGGUUAUCCAACAAUAAGGUGCACUGAAUUCAAUUCAAUUAUCUGUUUUGUACAAAUUGUUUUAAAAUAUUUCAUACAAAACAAUAAACUUGAGUAUUAUGUUCUUAUAUCGGUAAUCAUGCUUACGAGCAACAUGCCAUACUUUGCAUAAAUUAUACUAAUAAAGUUAGCCCUUCACACUCUUAGAAAGAGCGAUAUACUGAACAUGGAUAACUGCCAAAUUUAUUCAUUUCAAAUUGCAAUGCUUGCCAGGUAAAGGGUUAAGUUAAUGCAUUUUCAACAACUUGGCUUAAACUGAUUUAGGAAUGUGAUGGACAAGUAUACCUUAUUUAAUUAUAUCAUUGUAGUUAACAAAAUGUAUUUCGCACUUAUCCUGUAAAAUUAUAUUUCAGUAUGUGUUACAAAACUUCAUUGUUUUAUCUAGAUAUUAAAUUGUUAAUCAUUGCCAUAGUCUAUACAUAUAGGAGACUUCAGGAAUUAAACUUAUACUACUUUCCUAUUGAAGCCCUACGGGUUCGAUUUUGAAGAUUCUCCAUCUAUACAGGUAUAUACUAUAGUAAUAGAUAUUAUCUACUUUGUCUGAGUGUUCAUGCUUUAAUGUUGUGACUGAUUAUACCUAUACAGGGUUUCCCAACCGCGCGAGGACAGAGUAUUGCUGCUAAACAAAAACAAUAUUACACAGGAUGUCCCAUUUUGACACACAUAUCAAAGUUGAUUUUAUUAAAUUAAAUGAAACCGCUUUUUGUUGGGUUAUUGGGAUAUUAUUGGGAUAGACCCUUCCAAAAGAAGGAGAUUGGUAUUACAUACUUAUGAGUUUUGUACAUUUUUACAUUAUCGCAUUCUCAUUUUCAUGAGCUUUUUUUGAUAUGAGGUUGCUGCCAGUUUGUUCAAACGGUUUCUGCGCUAUAGAUAUCUUUCCAUUCAGACGAGUUAGACAAUCCAUGGAAACAAAAUACAAGUAAAGGAUUUUUGACAAUCUGUCUAUAAAAUCAGGCUUUCAUCAAUAAACCAUGUAAUUCAAUGUUUUGGUAUUGUAAUUCAUUAUUACAGAUUGAUAUUGUAACAUACAAUUCAUUUUUUAGAUGUCUGAAAAUGACGCACAUAACUAAAAUUUUAUAUAUUUGUACUACUACAGAAAAUGUCCCUUUGGCGUUGAACGCACAAUCGAAGACUUCUGAUGAGGAGGAUAUGAAGCAGAGAAUACCAGAAGCUUUCUAAAUAUCAGUGAACACCCGCUAGAAAGUAUCAAACAAACACUCAUUCGAAGACUUCGAUUGUGUUCAACAUCAUUCAACAUUUUCUAUAAUAGUACAAAUAGUUUAGAUUUUAGUUAUCUUUGCUUAUAAGCGUCAUUUUCAGACAACUCAAAAAAUUAAUUUUACAUUAUAUCAAUAUGUAAUAAUGAAUUACAAUACAAAAGCAUUGAAUUGUUUGGUUUCCUGAUAGAAGUCUGAUUUUGUGGAGAGAUUGUCAAUAAUCCUUCACUUAUUUUUUGUUUCCGUGGAUGACGUGACUUUAUGUUUUUUAGAUAAAAUACUCAAUAGCUCAACAACUACUUAUCAAAACCGAUAAGUAUGUUAUAUCAAUAUCCUUCUAUUAAGGUCUAUCUGAAUAUGUAAUAAAAAGUGGGGCAAUCGAUUAAAAAAAAUCAACUUUGAUAAGUGCGUCAAAAUUGGGACACCCUGUACAAUCGUAAAUAUUGCAUAAACAUGCCUCCAGAUAUCAUAUAUAAUAAUCCAUAAAUACUUUUCUUGAAAUAAUUUUUGCUUAUGAGCAAUAAUCCGUCCUCGCACGGUUGGAACACUCUGUAUCGAAAUGUAAGUGUUAUUAAUGUAUCUAAAAGUACAAAUCUUUGAUGGAC